AUGGCCUCAGCCGCCUUGGACUUGGGGGCGAAAUCGGAGGAUGUCCCGGACGACGUUCGCCUGCCCCAGGAGCAGCCACCUUCGCCCUUCUUCGAGACGAAAACCUUCCGCCUGAUCUCGAUAUUUCUGUACCUGGGCGGGAUCAGCGGCCUGGGCAUGGUGCUGGCACUGUACUACCUCAUCUUCUUCGACUCCAGCAUGCCGGACAUCCACCUCAAGUUCCCCGUCUCCAUUGGAGGCCAUCCAGUGCAGAAGGUGCACGAGUACCAGUGACCGUUUGGCCAUUUGAGCCCAUCCAGGUGAUAAAAUUGUGAUACCCGAAAAAAUAGCCAUUCGCCUCCUGAACUCAUCGGAAGUCACCGCGGAGCAGUUCUACAAGCACAUCCUCGAGCAGUACCGCAUCCUCAGCCAC